AUGCCAAAAACCUGCGAGCUUACACCUUUUGAGCAUAGAGAAAUUUACAAUAAAGAAAACUUCAUUGAUACUGCAUCUAGGAAUGAUAAACCUCCAGCUUUAUCAGAACAAGAUAAACGUCAACUAGGAAGAAUAGUCUAG